AUGGAAAAAGGCAAGUCUGAUUUUGUAGCCAGCGAGUUGGUUACCUCCAAACUGCAAACAGUGGAUUUGUUUCUUAGGUUCUUAGUGUUUGCAGCAUCACUUGUGGGUUUGUUGGUUAUGGGGAAUAGUAGUCAGACUGCACUUACAGAGACAACAGAAAUCGGAUACUUCCCAGCCUUAAUAUACUAUGAGGUAGCACUUUCCAUAGCUGGAUUUUAUGCUAUUAUCACAGUGAUUGCAUCCUUCGUGGCUAGUGGGAAACCAACUCCUUCUAAGAAGCUCCUGAUAUUAUUUGCAGUACUUGAUGCGAUGAUGGUUGGUAUUGUGGCCUCAGCCACCGGUUCAGCGGCGGCUUUCGGGUAUGUCGAUCUUAAGGGAAAUCCUGAGAUGGGUUGGAUGUAUAUGUGCCAUUCUUUCCCACUGUUCUGCCGCUACAUUGCAGUUGCCUCAGCAGUCUCUUUGUUUGAAUCCAUUGUCCUUGUCUUGCUUGUUUUAAGCUCCACUUACCAUCUUUACCAUUUGAGCAAGUGA